AUGGGUGGCCUAGCUCAAAUAUUAGAUGAGGUUUCAUCGCAGAAAAUUAAAGCCAGAAAUGAUGCCAUUGAAGAACUUCGAGCCUUUAUCAUUUAUUCCAGAAAUAGGAAUGACCUGAAUGAACAAGAUUGUCUGACAAUUCAACGAAUUAUUGAGCGUUUGUUCGAAGUGGAAAGAGAAAUCAUCUACCAAAACACCAAAAGGCAGGUUUCUGUAGCUUCAAUUAAUGACAGGUUUCAGAAAUUGAGUAGCUUGUUUCGACUCUACGUCGAAAGCUUUAUACUGAUCUUUCCUGAGUCUCAAAUACCGAAGUUAUUGAAUUUUGUGCGGAAAUUUACCUAUACUCCCAGGGAUACAAUAUGUGAUCCAGUCUGUUUGGAUUUUGGAAAAUCUUUGCAUCUUUUGUUUUCCCAUUCUCCUCAUGUACAGCAUCUGCAAUUCGUUGAUUGGCAAAAUACGGUGCUUUAUUGCAUGAAAGCUGUAGAAGACCUUAGUUUCGUGAAUGAAUCAUACGUGAGCGACAGUGAAGAAGAAAUGGUAGCUUCACAAAGCUCUAAAAGUGAAAAAUCAAUAUGGCGAUCUCACGAUGCUAUUCGAAUAAAGCCGGAGAUUGUGGAGCUUGUAACUGUAAUAAAGCUAUUAGUGGAUUGGUUUGCGGCACCAAUUUACUUAGUGCAAAAGGAAGUGCUGUGUUUUCUUCGAAAGUUCUUCAGAAAUUUUAAUCAAGAAACAAAUGCUCACUUACCUGCUCUUGAUUCCCUGUUUCGAAUAUGCGUUUAUAUCGUGACUAACGAUCGAUCUGCAGUACUGCAGGUAACGGAGCUCAUUCUUCAAGUUUUAGAAUUAGGUCAGAAAUGGAAAAGGCCAGCAUUAAGAAGUUCGUUAUUGCAUUGUCUAGCAGCUUCAUUCCCCGUAUGGUCCGAUUGUACUAUAUGGCACCUAAAUUCUUCAGACUCAUUCUUUAGUUUUGAGUUAUUGGAAUCUUCUUUUGGUAUUUUCCAAAUUAUAUUGCAGGCCUACGGUGAUGUAUCUCACAUCGAUUUGUCGAUGUUUAUCUUCGAUGCGAUUCAACGAAAACGAAACUUUGCGUCUUUAUUCCACCCGGAUUUUCUUCUUCCUUAUGAAGUAUAUAACAGCGAUUACUUAGAUUUUUAUUUCAUCUACUUAUUUAUGGCACAAGUUGUGUGUUUGAUGGAAUACUGUAAUAACGCGCGUUCCAUCUCAAAUUAUCCUAAGAAACUCAAAAACAAUAUUUCGUUUGCAACCUUGCUAUCAAGCAUUAAUUCGCCUAAUGCGCAAGAAUCUGUUUUUUCCGUGCAACUUCUUUCAAUAAUUGUCUCUAUUUCAUCCACUUUGAAUCCUGAGCAAGUUAAUGACCUUACUAAGAACUCACUCGCCAUGGUUGAAGCGAAAAGCUCAUCAAAUUGUUGGUAUUACUUUCUUUUAUCUAAUGUUUGUUACAAUAGGACUUAUAGUAAGGUUCUAUCUGAACCUGUUCUCAUGAGAAUUCUUAGUUUGUCGAUUCGGGGCUUAUUAUUUAGAGAAACAUCUUCAGUGUGCUAUCAUUUACUAUCAUAUUUCCAUAUUUUUCAGCCUCUACCGUUUCCCAAGUUAUUCCCAUGUCUUAAACAGAGUAUGUCAAUGUCAGAAAAUCACUCUCUGGAUAUAUCUCACGAGGCUUUGCUUUUUUGGAGAACGCUAUACAUGUUGCUCCAAGAUUAUAAUUCUGUUAAGAAAGCACGUUUUUUUCAUUAUUUUCACCUUUGGAUUUUUCAACAUUUGUCCAAAUCUUACGUCGUUCAGGAUACCAGUAAUUUUAUGAACUCCUCAUCUUUUUUUGAUGAGCUUAUGAGCUUAAUCAUCUUUUUAUAUUUCAGAAAAGUAUCACUAUUGUACACAGAGUCUUGUGAUGAGCUCGUACACAAUCAUACGCUUUUGUUCUUGAAAGAUGCUUGGACAUAUCUGAAAUCUCAGAAACUCAGUUAUUGUGGAUCAAAAUUUAAUGAACUUGCUAACGCAAGUAUGCAAAAUGAGUGGAACAAUGUAGAAGAACUACGAACGUUAAUUGAAAUGUUGGAGGACAGCCUGAAAACGUUGUUAGCUGGAUUAAGUGAUCAAUAUUCAGCUAAUGUACAAGGAUUGGAAGGAAAACUAAAUUUACUUAUCACUCUGUUUUUUAUGCAUAUAUAUCUUACGUAUAUGUUGAAUGUACUCCAUCAGGGUAAGCCAAAUACUUCCUGUAUUCAAUUUGAUAACGACGUUAUUACGGUAGUGUUUACUUACACGAAGGAGUUUGGGAUUUCGGUGGAACUAAUUGCUCUAGUAUUAAAUAAAGCUUUACGAUUGACCAUAUUGUUUUCCGAUAAAUUAAUAUGCCUCGGUGAUAAAUUGACUGAUUCCAUUCCUUCAACUUUAUCGUCACUGUUUGCGUUCAUUUUGAAAAAGUGCUCAGCCUUUCAAACUAAUGAAGCUCAGCAAGUCGAUGUAGUUGAUGAGGAUUUUUCGGAUGAUAUUUCCAUGUACAGACCCGAAACUCUUGUUCGAACUUCCAUUUCUAUAAGUGAUAUAAAGAACUCUCAGAAACAGAAGACUAUCGGCAGCAUGGUGUAUAUACAGCGUAAGUUGGAUAGCAUGUCUGGCUAUAAUGAAAACGGACUUCGUAACAUAAUUUACCUAUGUGACUCUCGAAAUUUUUGUUAUCUUUCAUCUUCAUUUUAUCAAUACUUUUACGACGUUGCAUGUGUAUCCGAAUCGGUAGCUCUGAAUGCGCUGCAAAUAUUCGCUCAAAAAAUUUUGAUGGACUAUUCUUUUGAACGUGAUGAGUCUUACUUGCUCCAAUUUGUAAAUAUUUUUCGAGUUUUACUAAACUACCGGGUACAUUUUGGCCCGUCCGGAAGAAAAUUGGUAUUAAAGAUCUUGAAGUUCAUUCGAAAAGUGAUGAUCGAAAAUAGGUACUCUUCUUCCACCGGAAGAAUUGCUUUAUAUUGCUUUCUACUUGAUUUUUCUGAAGAUGCAUCUGAAAUCAGUUCGGCUCAUGAACUGAAAACGACAAUUAAGCAAUUUAUCCUUGAUCCUGAACCCGUAGUCAUAUUUCAGUUAAGUCACGAUAUUUCAAAAUUUCUAUUGAAAGCUAAAUACGAAGAUUUAAAGGAAAUAGUGGAAGAAGUUGUGUCUUUGGUGGUUCCUGAUAAUGAAAGUAGAAAGUUUGCGUUGAUUCGAUUUAUUGUUCUGCUGAUUAACACUCAGAAUUGCUAUCGACCGCAGUUAUUGCUAAAAGUUUUGAAGCUUUCUAAUUCAGAAAAAGGGACAACUGUACUUACAUAUCUUUUAGAAGCAACUGAAGACUAUAGGUUUAGUUUGAAAAACCUUUUCAAAACAUACAGAUUUGAACUUUUUUGGGUUUUCGUUGAAAGAGACUUACAAUUUACUAAAAAUGACUUUUUUGAGUUUCCGUUUCAGUCGCUUUAUCGAAAUGGAUUAGAUUUUAUAAAGGACAAUAUUGAAAUGACAACUCUGAUCCUUCUCUUAACACGAAACCAAAGGUUAGCGCAGCUGUUGUGCUCCAGAACUUCUGUUUCUUUUACAAGUAUUCAAGAAACACUUGCUUCAAGACUAAAAGUUGCAAAAACCCUCACAAAUGCUGGAGUUUCGAAUGAAACUAUACAUCGAAACUCGAAUAUGCAAUGUGAGCUUGAUUUUACAAAUCUAGUGGAAUCCAUAAUAUUUUCUUUGUCCUUCAUCAAAGACUAUAAUGGAAUUAGUACAAAUUUGAAGAAACGUUUCUCUGCUGUUUUUGUUGUUUAUGAGCAACUAUCUAUUUUUGAAGAAGAACCUUUGGAUCUAAACUUUACUGAAUCUUUCUCGUUUCAGUCAAUAAACGUGAUUAAUUAUCUCAAUUAUGUUAGCAGCAUGGCCGAGUCAUCUACUUUUGUAUAUUCUUUCAUGUGCAUGGUGAUAAGAAAAAUCGGUUUACGGAUAUAUUGGGAACCGGAUGAUUGCCUUUUAAAGCGUUGCAUUCACCAACUUUGCUUAUUCUUGUCAUUUUUCGAUAAGUUUGUUAAAUCGAAUUAUGUUAUAAUGGUAAUAGUAAGUCUAGCUAAGGAACUAAUUCAAAUACCUUCAUUGGCUUCGCUUGGCAUUGGGAUUUUAAGAUACUAUUUGAAACGGUUUCAUAUAGAAAAUACCUUUGACUCUGUGUACCUCGUCAACGUUUGCACGGAGAUAUUAGGUUCAUGUCAUAACUCCACUUUUUUGACCAAAGAUACAUUAAGCUUUUUUUAUGGUUGGUUCAGUGGAUUUUCUAAUAAUAUAUCUUCUUCGCUAGAUGUCGAGAAUGGAUUUGGCUUUUUGCGUUGCUAUGCAAAUUUUGUUCAGGCUUUACCAGUUGAUUGGAAUAACUGGACUCCCAUAUUAGAAUCACUGUUUUUAGGUACAACUGUUCUACCAAUUUUACUGAAAGACAGUAAUACUUCUUUAUAUUUCUGGCAAUCACUCUACUCUUGUCCCCUCAAUGCCUUUGGAAAAGCGCUACCUGAGUUAUGUAAAUACUAUGAAUUGUGUGAUGUAUCUAAAUUCCCUGAUUAUUUAAAGACUUAUUAUUCGAAUUUAAUGGGGUCAUCUUUCCUUUCCCUAACCGAUGAGAAAAAUGAGUCGUUAACGAUUGAUUAUAAUAAUGUUGAUUAUAAGAAUAUAACAUAUAUUAAUAUGAGAAAAGAUGUCUUUAAGCAUAUUCUGAAAGAGGUCGGGCUGCUUUUGUUUUCAUAUAACUUUUUUUAUGGAUCCUUCAUUGAGAGUUGUAUUAGGCUUUUUUUACACGAGGACAUUGAUCAUGAGUAUGAGAGUUGCUUGCCUUUCGGUAAUAGUUCAAUUCUAUAUGAGGCCAAUAGUACAUUCGAUAUUGAAACCCCUUCAAACGACGCCAGCCUAUCUAACUCCAAAGAUGAUCAGCUCUAUAUAUGGGUAAACACUGCUGUUUCUGAAUUACUGGCUCAAUUAGAUAAGACAAAUGAGGUCCGGGCUCUAUUUUUGUUAAAUACAAAAGUAAAGGGAGUAUCUCUUCAUUUUUUCCAUCAUAUUGUACAUAUGGUACUGCUUGAUCAUGAGUUUCAUGGUCGAAAUAAAGCGGCCUUUGAAUAUAUCACUUCUUUGAUUUCCGAAGGUAUAGAGCAAUCAAGGGAGAAGCCGGUACGGGAAUUAUGUAUGAAAGUGAUACUAUAUCUUCGGAAACAACCAAAAGUUCACGAAGAUACUCCCUUUGCAAGAAACUUCUGGCUUAAGAUUGAUUAUGCUGUUGCAUCUGAGGCAGCAUAUCAGAGCGGUCUCUGCGAGCAGAGCCUGCUAUUUUUAAAUUUACAUGAAACGGAAACCUCAGAAUACAAUGAGACUCAUCUCUCCAAUGUUUUAACAGGAUUGGAUUGGUUAGACGUCUAUUACGGAAUACAUCGAGAGACCAACUUUCGUAACAUUUUGACGAAAGCUGUUCAUGAAAAAAAGAAUUUUUUAGCUAUAUCUUACCUCGAUGCGAUGAAUUUUAUUGGUUCACCAUCAAUUCCUGAUAGGAAAAUGACCAUGUCUAACAUUUUAAUGAACGGUGGAUUCUACAGUUUGAAUGAAAGCUAUGUCGAUUGCUUAAAGAGCCAAAACUCUAUUGACGAAUGUAAUAAUGAAAUUUACGCUUCUGCUUGGAGGAUGCAGAAAUGGGAUCUACCUCCUGUAGGUGAUGAAACGGAGUUUGAUGGAAGAGUCUACGGAUUGUUGCAAAUUGCAUAUGAUUCAGAUUCAAAAGAGGUUGAGCAGCGUGCUAAUGAGUUCAUAUGUCGUUUCAUGGAUGUUAAACAUCAGUCCCGUGAAAAAGAAACUUUGUUGUUUCACUCUCUGAUCUCUAGGUUUACCUCUUUUUUAUUUAGAGAAGGGUGGAACAUGAACGAGGAUCUUUAUGAUAGGUUAAUUAACGAAAAGAUGCUGGUACUGGAGCGCUAUGACUAUAUCGAACCUUUACUAAGUUUUCAAAAUGUCGCUUUCGCUUUAUUAGAAAACCGUACAGAGCACCUAAGUGAGCCUAAUCUGAACGAAAUCCGAAAAAAACACAUUUUUUCACUGUUAAGAAAUGGAGAAGUAUAUCUUCUCACGGGGAAGUUACAGUUGGCUUUAUCAACAGCAAUGUCUAGUGAUUCAUUGUAUAGCGUACAUCUCAUGGAGGAUAAGGAUAUACGCCAAAAGGUUGAUUUCUUGACAUCAAGAAUUUUAUGGGAGAAAACUGAAACUUCGGAUGCCAUCUGCUUGCUAAGACAGUCCUUAGAUAGCACAGAUUGUUCUGCUCCAGUUUCAUCAUUAUGCUAUGCUUAUUUGGGAAAAUGGCUUUUUGCAACCAAAUCGGAAAAGACGGAAUUUAUUUUAAAAAACUGUUUUGAAAAGGCCCUUGUAUAUAUGUCGGAUUUGGAUGACGCUACUUACUCAAAAAUUCAUUAUAUGUUUGCUUCAUUUUGUGACGCUAAUUAUUCUAGUUCUGAACUUCAUGAGGAUUUUAGGAGAGCGGAGAGGCUUUAUCUUGAGAAGAAGGAUGAUAUUCUCCAGUUGGAGGACUCCCUGAAAUUAUGUAAACAAGAAAAAGAAAAGAGAAUUCUGAAACACCACUACUCAAGAGAGAUGGCAGCACUCCUUUCAGACCAGCGAGAAUAUCAGGCGCUUUGUACUUCGAAAGAUAUGAUGCUGAAAAAUGGUGUCAUUCAUUACUUAAAGAGCUUGUUAAAGAGUGAUGAAAAUGAUGUUGCAAUAUCUAGAUUCUGUAUAAUGUGGCUCUCCAAUUCCAGUUCAGAAACAUUGAAUGCUGAGAUUGAGAACUAUAUUUUAGAAACACCUCGUAAAAAAUUUAUCCCAGUAUAUUAUCAGCUGGCUGCAAGGCUUCUCAAUGAUGGCAGCAAAUUUCAAAAACUACUAGGAAGAAUAUGUUUGGAUGUUGCCCAAAUGCAUCCGUAUCAUUCGCUUCAUGUGCUUUAUUCUUUAAUUUCCAGUCCAUCCGAAGUGGAAGUUAAAAAUGUUGAGUCACGCUUUGCUGCGGUUCAAAACUUUAUGAGAACGUUACAAAGUUCAGGGGAAUCUAAAUCAUUGAUCCGUAAGCUUUUGAGGGUUUUUAAUAAUUAUGUUACCCUUGCUGAAUGGAACCCUCGAAGUAAAGUCGUUAGUACAUUAUUCAGCCGUUCUCCUUGUGCUACGUGGUUUUUGAACGAUUUUCCGCAACUAGAUUUAGCACCCAUAACUUCGCAUUUGAAAAUCAAUGAUAUUGCGGACUAUUCUGGUGUACCUACAGUCAUCUCUUUUUCUAAUACUAUCGGAUUUGCUUCUGGUAUCAAUGUUCCUAAGAUUGUUAAGUGUACCAGCUCUGAUGGAAAAAUACAUAAACAAUUAGUGAAGGGUGGAAAUGAUGAUUUACGACAGGAUGCAGUAAUGGAACAAGUAUUCGAGCAAGUAAAUGGGUUUUUGAAGAACUACAGAUCAACAAUGCAAAGAAAAUUAACUAUGAGAACAUACAAAGUGAUUCCGUUAGCGCUUAAAACAGGUGUUAUUGAGUGGGUAUUGAAUACGGUUCCAAUGGCAGAAUAUUUAGAUCCUGCUCACAAACUUUAUUAUCCUAAAGAUUGGUCGUUGAAUGUCUGUCGAAAACUGAUAGCGGAAAAGCAGAUGGAAGAUACAGAUACCCGUUUGAAGGUAUUUGACCUAGUCUGUAGGCAUUAUCAUCCGGUAUUCCGACAUUUUUUAUUUGAAAAAUAUCCGGAGCCAAUGGUUUGGUUUAAAAAUCAGACAAACUACUCAAGAAGCACUGCAGUUGCGUCCGUUUUGGGAUAUGUUUUGGGACUUGGAGAUCGACAUGCGAAUAACAUAUUGAUAGAUGUAACUUCCGGUCAGGUUGUACACAUCGAUCUUGGCAUCACGUUUGAGCAAGGAAAAAAGCUACCCGUGCCGGAGUGUGUCCCAUUCCGAUUGACUCGAGACGUUGUAGAUGGUAUGGGCAUAACAGGCGUAGAAGGUGUAUUUCGCCGUUCCAUGGAGUUUACACUUGAAACUCUCAGACAUGAAGUGGAAUCAUUAGUUUCCAUUUUAGAGGUACUGCGAUACGAUCCCUUGUUUUCAUGGUUGAUGUCUCCUAUACGAAGGAUGCGGAAGCAAAAAUUGCAAACAGAAAGUUCAGAGAAUGAAGAGGAUAUAGAAGAAGGUUCUUCUUCUAUUUACAAGGAUCCCAAAGGAAAACGUAUUACGCAAUCUGUAGAAAGCGAAGCUGAAAGAGCACUGUUAGUGGUGAAGAAAAAACUAUCCAACACUUUGUCAACUGAAGCUUCUGUCGGUGAAUUGAUACGUAUUGCUCGGGAUCCAGGUCAGCUAUCUCUCAUGUUUUGCGGAUGGUCUGCGUUUCAAUGA